AUGACGCCCGAAGAACUGGGCAACUGCGUUCCCCUCAUCGGCAAGGAGGUGAGAAGAAGCGCCAGAUACCCUGAGAAGCUCUGCCGAGCUAUCCUCAGGAGCUUGAAGAUUGAAGCAAGGCGCCGCUGGCCCCAGAGAUUCCUCAAGGUCAACGAAGUCUUCUAUGAAGAACCCAUGCAAGACCCUGCAGCAUGGGGUGAAGUUCUCAGCAAGGUCCGCAAGAUCUUUGAGAUGACCUCAGUCCGCAGCAUCAACCCGCCGGACACCGACCCUUUGCACACCGACAUCGCCAACCUGAUCCCAUGGGAAUUGGUGCGAGUUCAGCUCUCUCGCACUCCAGCACAACGACGGCUACCACGUGACAUUCCUUUCAGGCACCGUGGAGCCGUACUGGAGUAUCAGGAUGGCCAGAUUUCCAUCGAGGCUGAAUCGCUCGACGGUAUGCACGUCCCCAAGCAGCGCUUCAGCAAAGCAGUUUCAGUGGCAAUUUUCUGGUAUGGCUAUGGCGACCCAAAGCAAACGCCACCACCAGAAGAACAGCCUCCACAACCAGAUGGCAAGGAGCCAUCACCUGACUCGCAAGCAGUCACACCAUCACCACCGACAUCGAAGCUGGAAAUGGUGACCUUCAAGAGCUGCCCAAACGAUGUCCCACAAGAGGUGAAGUCAGCGGUCAAACGACUCCACCUGAACCUUGGCCACCCAACCGAGAAAGAACUCCUCAGGUUGCUGGCCUACCAAGGGGCAAUUUCCAAACACAUGCUCACCGCAGUGAAGCACCUCCAUUGCGCUAGCUGCGCAAGGACCAAGCCACCAAAGCCACCAAGGCCUUCGGCAAUUCCAGUAGCCAAUAUGGGCGAGUUCAGCGACACCAUCCAGACAGACGUCUUCUACUGCAGGGAUGUGGCCGGAGCAAAUCAUGCCAUUUUGGGCAUCAUUGACCAAUCAACACUACUGCAUCAGGCGUGCCGCCUGAAAGACAUGUCCUCCAACCACACCCUCGAGAUCUUCCGGAACCUGUGGUUCAAGCCCUACGGUUUUCCUGCAACCAUCCGGACAGAUCCUGGCACCAACUUCGGCCUUCACUUCAAGCACUACGUCGAACGGCGCGGCGUAUGGCUGGAAGUGAUCCCGGCCGAGGCCCACUGGCGCAUCGGACUCAUCGAGCGCCGGAACAGCGUGCUGAGAGACAUCUUGGAGAGAAUCAUCGAUGCCGAGUCCAUCUUCGUGGACGAGGACUUCGACCAAGCCAUCGAGGACAUGUGGGAAGAGCAUAGCACUGCAGCACCACCUCUGGACGAGGACCACUAUGACUAUGCGCUGGACAACUUGGAUGAACCAACAGCCGCAGCUGCAGAAGCAACCGCAGAACCUGAAGCACAACUGGCGAACAACAAGCCGGCGCGCAAGCCGGAGCAGAAUCGGCUUCCGCUACUACAAUCUACUCAAGUCCCGCGGCAAGCACACAGGGACAUGAGACACAGCACCGCAGCAGACAGUGGAACAGUACAAGAUGAUACACCACUGCCACAGCUACCACAAAAGAGGACACACGAAGCAAUGCUGGCAUGCGUACAUGAUCUCUUGGAGCCACCUCACUACGCUUGGGACGGCUCACCAGAGACACAAUAUUACAAUCAGCAUCGCUGCACACAGUUCGCAGCACCAGCAACAACAGAGAUCCUCCAACAGGAAGGAUAUGCAGUCCUCUACACCGACCUCACCGGUCAGGGAGAGUCAGAGGCAGACUCUUCAGAUCCAGACCAACCCAUCGACCCAGCCUCACGGCUGAAUGCUCGCAAAGAAGCCAAAGCUCUCGAACGAGAGAUACCAUGGAGGCAGAUCAUGCGCCUUCCACCAGAGCAAAUCCAAGCCUAUGUGGCCUCCGCACAAAAGGAGGAGAAAGGAUGGAUGGGAUGGGGCUCUGUCGAGCCAGUGCCUGAUGAUGAAGCGGCAGCCAUCCUCAGCAACCCGGCACGCCGGAAGCGAGUGCUCCGAAGCAGGGCCUGCUACCGCAACAAAAGCAGGACCCCCGACACCUUGAUUGCCAAGACAAGGGUCGUAGCACUCGGACACCUUGAUCCAGACCUCCACCGGAUCUCAAGGGACUCACCGACACCCAUGCGCGUGUCUGAACACAUCCUGCUCUCGAUCUUCAUCGCAGGAGCAAACCACUCAGUGGAGCAGCAAGAUGCACCAUGGCUCCUAUGGGCAGCCGACGUGAGCACGGCGUUCAUGCAAGGCACCUUCGAAGACCACGAACGCCCAGAGCCACUCUACCUACUGCCACCUCGUGACGAGAUCACCAACAUGGCAGGCACCUUUCAGGCCAAGCUCUACAAACUUCAGGCCGUCUGCAUCGUGUAUGUAGAUGACUUCCUGCUGACUUGCAGGAGGGACUACAAGAUGCAGGAGCUCACCGACCUGUUCAAGUGGGGCUCCCAGUCCGAACUCAGCGAGCAGCAGCCUCUCGAGUUCAAAGGAAAGGAGCUGACCCUCAAGCGCUCCAGCGAUGGCAGCUUGCGCCUCCACGUGACGCAGUCCAAGUUCAUCGACAACACCGAUGGCGGCAAGCUGCAGAAGGGAAGAAUCACCCAGGGUGGUCCACUCACCACCGCGGAGCAGACAGAGUUCCGAUCCAUGACUGGAUCACUGCAAUGGCUGGCAAGCCAAACCAGGCCAGAGAUCUCAGCCUGGGUCUCUCUGGCCAACAAAGGAAGCGAGACCUCGCCCUCCGAGCUGGCCUCCCUCUACGAGACGCUCGAGUUCUGCAGGGAGACAAAGGACAACGGCCUCGUCUUCCAGAAUGUGGCCAUUGACCGCUCAACGGUCAUUGUGGGGUACGCUGACGCCUCAUGGGCUAACGCCCAGCAGUGUUCCUCACAGCAAGGCUGUUUGGUCUUGCUCACAUCUCCGAUGUGCACGGAGGUGAACACAGCAGCCAACCUCGUUGACUGGCGGAGCAACCGCUCAAGCCGCGUCUGCCGAAGCACCCUGGCAAGCGAAGCAAUGUCCUGCGACGACUCCGUCGACCGCGGCUACUUUGCCAACCUGGUUUUGAGCGAGCUCCUCAGCGGCGAGAAGCCCACGAAGGACAUGAAGUCCUGGCGGCUGGAGCAGCUCCAGGUGACCGACUGCAAGUCACUCUUCGACGCGAUCAGCGCCGAACACCCAAAGACCACCGAGAAGAGGACCUACGUGGACAUCCGGAGCAUCCAGCAAUUCAUUUCCUCCCGCACCAUCAGGUGGUGCCCUACGGGAGUGAUGUGGGCGGACGCCUUGACCAAGGCGAGCAAGGUCCUGAGGACCACUUUGCACGAAUGGCUGAAGUGCCCCUAUGUGCAGUUGAUUGAGCCAUCACGAAAAGAAAAGUACAGCAGUGUGAAUGAGCAUGAAGCCCGUUCGUGA